GCUCUAUCACCUCCCUCCUCCUCCCCCCUCCUCCUCCUCCUCCCUUUGUCAUGCUAAAGCAGCGGCACACAGACUGUGGACCGUCCAUCAUCUGCGCCGGGCAGCUUGAAUGGGACAGCACAAAGAAAGGCUGCCUGUGGUGUCUGGGUGAAUCCUGCUUCUUCUGCUUAAGCCAUUAAGAAGAAUGAAGAGCAUGCUGCCUCAGAAAAGUGCAGGGCCUUCCCUCGCCUACAGCAGCGCAGAUUGCACAAAGCUACACACGAAUGGCGGCUCAGUGGGUGGGGUCAGCAUCCGUGGCGCGCGUUCAAAGGCGGAGCUCCAAGAGUUGAUGGACAGCUUGCAGCGCAGGAAGUCAGCUCUGGAGGCUAGUUUAUUACGGGCCAGCGCCGACCGCGCCUUCCUCAGCUUGUCUCCGCCCCCCAGCCCUCUCUCGACCGCAUCUCUGCUCCAAGAGCGUCCACCCCUUGUGGUCAGAAUCCCGUCCAGCAGCCUCAGCAUGCCUCCCUCUCCUCGCCAAUUAGAGCGCCCCAUGAGCCCCGUGCACGCUCACACUCGCACACGCCACCAGUCGCAGGACAACCUUUUGCUCAGCCACUCGUCCGACGGCCGCCGUCCCAACACCGCCGGCUCCCUGAUGUCCAUGUGGAAUGGCUCCUCCUCCUACACAGCCGACGGUCUAAGGCGCGGCCCGAGCGGAGCAGCCAGCAUGCCCUCCAGCCCCAGGCUGGGCCGCAGGCUGCUGGCCCGGGACGGCGAUCCCACACUAGAACCCUCCCCUCGCCAGAGGAAGUACUCCACCGGCUCGCUGAAUGGACUGGGAGGAGGACACAGCCGCUCGCUGCCCAGACUCUACAGGGGGGACGUGCCGACCUUGUCCCUACCUCCCCGCCGCUCCUCCAAGCCGCGCCGCAGCCUGCCGUCUCUGGAGCGCCCCCCCGACGUUACCGUGACUGCCAGCGUGCCCAGCAGCCCCCGCAGAGCCAGCUUGACCUCGCUGGGCUCGGCGUCGUGCCUGGACCUGGGCCUCGGGGAGAGGAGGCUGUCGUUCGGUAAGGGCGGAGUGGGCUUGGGAAUGGGGCCGAGGAGGGGCAGCAUCAGCUCCCUCAGCAGCAAGGAGGAGCUCCGAGAUUACCAUCAGAGACAGAGAGACGAGCGGCUACGAGAGCAGGAAGUGGAGAGGCUGGAGCGCCAGCGUUUGGAGACCAUCCUGAGCCUGUGCUCUGAACUGGGCCGUGUGGAGAACGGCCCUGGUGUGUCGGCCGUCUCUGACCUGCAGAAGAUUAACCGAGAGCUGGAGAAGCUGCAGGUGUCGGACGACGAGUCUGUGUUUUCAGACUCGCUCGGCGCGGCUCCAGAGAACGGCGUGGCCGUGAAGGUUAGAGGGGAGCUCCAGCCCCAAAGGCAGCGCAGGCAGAGCGGCCACAGAGAGACCAGGUCUCAGUCUCCCACCAACAGCCUGCGCAGCUCCACGCACUCCUCAUCCCCACACUCACAGAGCAAGGUGGCGGAGGACAUGCAGAUGAGGCAGGAAGUGACGCGGAUAGAAGAGGAGAGGAUCCAAGUUCUCAACAACAUUGAAGAGCUGGAGCAGAAGAUCAAGGAUUUAGACACGCAGAUGGACGAGUCUGUCAGAGAGAUGGAGGUGGAAAAGGCGCUGUUGGAGGGGGAGCAGGAUGCGGAGUUGGCUCUGCUGCAGACAGAUAAGGAGACACUGGAGCAGCUCAAUGAGAAAAUGAGCAAAAUGGAGAAAAGCACCAACACGGACAAGACUAAGGACAAAGCCGUGUUGGAGGCUGAGAGGGUUAAAGUAGAGAAGCUAGCAGAGCUGAUCUCAGAGCAGAAGAGCCAGCUGGACUCGUGUCCGGAAGCGCUGAAGGAACAGCUCCAGAGUCAGCUCUCCAGGGACACGGAGAGGCUGGAGGCAGAGACGAAGCGUUUUGAGGAUCUGGAGUUUCAGCAGCUGGAGAGAGAGAGUCGUCAGGACGACGAGAAGGAGACGCAGGUCCAGCAGCUCCUCCGAGAGAUCGCCGAGUACCAGCGGAGCGUAGUCACGCGCAAGGAGCGGCUGCUGACCCUAAAGAAACAGUCCACCCAGAUUAGCCAGCAGGCCCAGCGGGAGAAGGAGAACUUCCUGAAAGAGAAGAGCAACCUGCACCUCAUGCUGCAGAGGGAGCGAGAGAACCUGUCCACUCUGGAGAGAAAGUACGCAGAGCUGACCGGUGGGCAGGCCUUCCCUCUGAACCCUGUGUGUAUGAAGGAGCAUUUUCGCUCCAUGGAAGAGAGAAGGAGGAGCAACAGCAAUAAGGAGGGCGGGGCUCUGCUGAGUGACAGCAGCACACCGCGUAAGAGGGAGAGGCGGAGCUCUGGAACCUUCGGCAGCUCCACACUGGGUCGCAGUCUGUCCCCGAAGCCCCAUCUGCCCCUGUCUCAGAGCUCGAGCUGUGGCAGCGUUCUCCCCCGCGCUCUCUCGCUCAACACCAGAGACCUGGACACUCGCCGCCUGCUGAAAGCUGGUCAGCUCUACUUGAACGAUGAAAGGCAGAGACUGAGCGACAUGACCAGUAGGACUGCUUCUGAGUCAAACGUUUUCCUGGACCCUUUCCACUUCCUGGACAACGGGGCCAACUUCGACACCAUGAGUGUGGAGAGUUCAGACAGCCUGGAGACCAGCAUCUCCGCCUGCUCUCCGGACAACAUCUCCAGCAGUGCCAGCACGGCUAACGUCGCCAAGAUUGAGGAGAUGGAGCGUCUGCUGAGGGAAGCGCAGGCAGAGAAGAACAGGCUGCUGGAGCACAGGGAGCGAGAGAUGGAGCAGCGCCGGCAGGCUGUAGAGGAGGAGAGGAAGAGGAGAGAGGAGCUGGAGAGGAGACUGCAGGAGGAAACACACAUACGACAGAAACUCAUCGAGAGGGAGGUGAAGCUCCGGGAGAAGCAGAGAACACAGUCUCGUCCGCUGACCCGUUACCUGCCAGUGAGGAAGGACGACUUUGAUCUGCGGGGUCAUGUGGAGGCAGCGGGUCAUCAUCCUGACACCUGCUAUCACCUGGCCAUCACCGACAAGACCUGCCGAGGGUUCCUGGUCAAAAUGGGGGGCAAAAUUAAGACCUGGAAGAAGCGCUGGUUUGUCUUUGACCGUAACCGCAGGACCUUGGCGUAUUACGCAGAUAAACAUGAGGCAAAAAUGAAAGGUGUCAUCUACUUCCAAGCCAUAGAGGAAGUGUACUUUGAUCACCUGAAGAACGCACAUAAGAGCCCGAACCCCUCGCUGACGUUCAGUGUGAAGACACAUGAUCGGGUGUAUUACAUGGUGGCUCCUUCCCCGGAGGCCAUGCGGAUCUGGAUGGAUGUGAUCGUCACGGGAGCCGAGGGUUACACCCACUUUCUGGUGUGAGCAGCAGCUCCGAGACCACAGGAUCCACGGUUUGGAUGCGCCUGCUGAACGGGCAUGCAGCUUGGAACUGGACACAAUCCUGUAGUUUGAGGAAGGCCUUUCUAAUUCGCCUGACGUUAUGAUGCGUAUUUAUGCGAACUGACAUGAGAACUGAGCAGCCGCUGAAAAGUACUGGAGGUGUUGUUGCGUUCUGUCUCCUGGCUUUUCCCUUCAGAGGCUGGAAAAGACCCAUUAUCAUAAAUCCCCAGACCUGAAUCUUUCCCUGAACCUGCGUGUGCUGACCCAGUUCUCUGAGUUUCAGGGUGAGACUCUAGACAGAUCAUUCUUUGUGACAUAGAUGUGGUGCUUUUGCCCUACUUUGCUUCAUUUAAUGAGCGAUUCAUGGGCUGUUGGUGGCCACAAAUUGGAUAUACUUCAGAAAAGGUGUAGGACGGCUUAGUGAACGCCAACGACAGCGUUGCUCCAAAACCCAAUUCUGCAGGCAGUCUGAUUGUUGUUCAGUGUAUUAAUCACUGUUUUAAUAACUAGGAGCCCAUCCACAUGUACUGCUUCCUCCUCUUGCUGCCAAGAGGCUUUUUUAUUAAUCUAUUUUAGUCUUGUAUAAUUUAGUCGGUCUCAGCCUUCUCUCAGUCUUCUAAAGUGCCUUCGUGUUCCAGUGUCAGUGUGCUGACAUGGGGUUUGACUGAAUGAGCACCCUGUAUAACAUUUUUCCCAAUCCCAGUCAAUUUUAACCUCAUACAGGGCUCAUUAAUAUGCUCCUGGGUUAAAUUAGGCACGUCAGAAGCAGGGAACUCACUAAAAUCUAGAACUAGGAUGACUUUUUCUGAUGUGAACCAUGCCAAAGCUCCAGUGUGGUACCAGUAAAGCCUGUGAAGGAUGGGAUUGUUCAUCCUCUGUGCCUUUGCUCAGGAACACAAGACCAAAAAAACAAAACACCAAAGAUCCAACAACCCUUUUCUGUCUUUGGUGAAGCUGUAAUGUUUCACCAUCACCAGCAGAGGGCUGCACUCAAGGGCUAUUUGCACAGUUCGUCCUCUAAAGCUACCCUGGGUUUGCAGGCUUGUGCUUAAUUCAUCUGAUAUGCAGUGAAGGAAUGCGUCUGACCACCGUCUCAUUUAUAAAAAGUCAGUAAUGCUGUUUUGAUAUUUUAUUUUCAUGAUUAGAUAUGCAUGUAAAGUAUUAAGAAAUGUGGUUACUGUGUUUUUUGUUUGUUUUUCCAAAAGACUGAUCCAAGAGAUUCCCUCUCAUGAGUGUAAUAACUUGAGCUCUGAGGUGGUUUCACUAACGAUAACAAGCGAGGCGAAAGGGAUGUGCCUGCUGGCCGUGUGUUGACAAAGAUGGAUUAUCACAGCGCUGCCGUUUGACGGCAGCACAAGGCCCAGAUGGAGUCGGGCACUUGGUGUCAUCAACAGCUGAAGUGUUUUGGAUUAGUGGCACUUUUACUGUCAGUCUCCGUGUCUCAAAACCGCUUUGGUUGAACUUAUUUACCCACAAAAUACCAUUCAUAUAAAAUAAUAGGAUAAUACCCCGUAAGUGGUCCAAACUGUAGUAAUAUAUAUUUCCAAAAUUCUUCAGAAUUCCAAUGCACAGGAAGCUACCUGCUCGGUAGAUUAGACAGUAUUAUGGAGCGUAUGAGCACAAAAUGUGUAAGGCUGAUGUUUGAACAGGAUGUUAUGGUACUGGCUGUUGCCAUAGGCCUGACUCACUGAUAUGCCUCUACUCCGAUAAAGGUAUUACAUAGACGACAGUAUAUAUGUCUUUAAUUAUUUAAAAUGUAUUACAGUAUUUUUGUAAUCAAUUUUGUACCUAUUUUUAAAUGGUUCAUUAUUUUUUAAAUGACCUGAAAAUAUUUUCAGAUGCUCAACUGAAAUAUAAUCCAUAAUAAAGCCCUAUGCAACUGAA